AUGACUUUAAUGAAGAAUACUUCAGAGGUGACUGAAUUUAUACUUGUGGGCUUAACAGACAACCCUGAGCUACAAGUCCCUUUAUUUAUAAUCUUUGCUCUCAUUUACAUCAUCACUCUGGUUGGGAACCUUGGGAUGAUCAUGUUGAUUCUGCUGGACUCUCAUCUCCACACUCCCAUGUACUUCUUCCUCAGUCACCUUUCCUUUGUGGACUGUGUUUAUGCCUCUGCUGUCACUCCUAAGGUGAUGGUGGGGUUUCUCACAGGUGAUAAGGUCAUUUCCUACAAUGCAUGUGCUGCCCAGAUGUUCUUCUUUGUUACCUUUGCCAUCAUUGAAUGUUUCCUCCUGGCCUCCAUGGCCGUUGACCGCCAUGCAGCAGUGUGUAAGCCCCUGCAUUACACCACCACCAUGACAAGCACCACGUGUGUGCUAAUGACCACUGGCUCCUACAUGUAUGCGUUCUUGCAAUCUCCCAUCCAUGUUGGCUUAACUUUCCAUCUCUCCUUCUGUCAUUCUAAUGUGAUUCAUCACUUUUUCUGUGACAUUCCCCCACUACUGGCCCUUUCCUGUUCUGAUAUUUACACAAAUGAGAUUGUGCUAUUAACAUUGGGCACGUUAAAUAUUGCCUCCACACUAUUGGUUAUCUUGUAUUCUUAUCUGCUUAUUUUCAUUGCUAUCCUGAAGAUACGUUCAGCUGAGGGCCGGAAGAAGGCCUUCUCUACCUGUGCUUCUCACUUCACUGCUGUUUUCAUUUUCUAUGGGACAAUCAUCUUCAUGUACCUCCAACCCAGCUCCAGUCACUCCAUGGACACUGACAAGGUGGCUUCUGUGUUCUACACCAUGGUCAUCCCCAUGCUGAACCCCAUGGUGUACAGCCUAAGGAACAAUGAUGUCAAGAGUGCAUUCAAGAAGGUUGUUGGAAAAGCAAAGUCUUCGGUUGUCUUGAGUGAUUAA